GUUGCACUUGCAUCCGAUCAGCAAACGCUAUUCCACCGGACAUCUACCUUUGUUGACGCUCAACCUCGUCAUCCCAUCUCACCACCACCACCACCACAACCUCUCAUCACCACCAUCAUCAACACCACCAACCAUACCAUCAUGACUAUGACAUUAGAUUCCCAGCAACGAUUCGGACCUUUAAACACAUUCGACCACAUGUCUUCCUACGCACAUUCAUCCUCCUCCUCCUCCCCCCAGUUCUCAAACCCGUGGGCAAACACCUCAUCACCUCAAGCUCCUCAGGGCUUGUAUGCUCCUCACCACGGUCACUCUCUCAACUCGGGUCUGGGUUUGGACAGGUCACACACUGCUAGGACUAGCACCAGCAGCAAUGCCUCAUCUUUGGGUUCUUACGGACAGAUCCCAGUGACGGCAGCUUCAGCAGGUAGUCUCCCCAUGGCAGACCCUCUGCCUAGGUCGGACUUACUCACUCUUCCCCAAGAUAUCCUCAGUAUCAACCGCAUGGCUGCCACCUCGGCCCCUGCCUACGGUGAUGCUCCCUACGCGACCGCCACUUCCCCUGUCAACGCUACUUACACGGCUUCUCCCACCCCCUACGAGACCAUGGGCUACGCACCUGCUCCCAUGCGCUCUACUUUCGCCCUUGCUCCGGAACCCGAACACUCUCGGAGAUUCUCUCACUCGUCAGUACCCUCAACUUCCCUGGUCGAUGUCACAACCCCCAAUAUUCUGGCCCGGCCCCAUCGCAACUCAAUGAUUGACUUUAACAACAGAGGAAUUCACCACCACGAUGAGCGCAGGAGCUUCGCUGAUGCCCUCGACGCAAGCCACGGCAUGCUCGCCAUGAGCCAAGAGACUCCCCGUAACAUCUAUGGCGCCCGCAGCGACAGAGCUUCAAGUGACUCGUACGGCUUCCCCUCGACGCACUCUACCAGCUCUUCCGUAUCCUCCGCCUCUGGAUUCGGCAACUACUACGGCGCCGACUCUGUUAGCGACUACUCUACUGCCGGCUCAGACAUCGAGUCUGUCACCUCCCGGACCCUCCCCAGGCCCCACGGCCUCAUGGCUCCCCAGAUCCCGCCUGCGCCCCAAUCCAUGAUGGGCCAGUUCAGCUCCAAGGUGUCGUCCAGCACGCAGAAGAAGCAUAAGUGCAAGGUGUGCGACAAGCGUUUCACUCGGCCUUCUUCUCUUCAGACGCACAUGUACAGCCACACUGGCGAGAAGCCCUUUGCCUGCGAGGUCGAAGGUUGCGGUCGUCACUUCUCCGUAGUAUCAAAUUUGCGGAGGCACAAGAAGGUCCACAAGGGCGACGCUCGCUCUGAAGCUGGUUCUGAAGACCAUCACUCCGAUUAA